GUCUCAGAUCUCAUAUAUAAGGCUGGAAGCCUCAAAAAUUAAACAUCAUUUAACGGAAACAUAUUCAUUUACAUACAUUGUUAACAAAGGACAAAACAUGAAAGUCGCAAUGUGCACCCUUCUUGUACUCGUCGCAUCAUUGGUUGCAGUGAUGGAAGCGAAGGACGCAUGCUACCCAGAGAACAGACGGGAGGACUGUCACAUUGGUGCAGGGGCCACGGAAGAAGUGUGUCACUCGAGGGGCUGUCUCUGGUGUCCAACAAGGCAAGGCGUUCCAUGGUGUUACUUUCCACAAAAGGACAAAUGCCUUCCCAACAAUCAAAGGGAGGACUGUCAUCCAGGAGCAGGAGCCACGGAACAAAAAUGCCAUGAAAGAGGGUGCCUUUGGUGUCCAACUGUAAUUGGAGUUCCAUGGUGUUACCAUGCCAAGUAAAAAGUACAAAAACCAAGUUCAGUACUUGAGAGAAAAAUUUACGAUCUGCUACAUAGAUAGUUGAUUAAAAAAUAAGGGAUAUUUUAACUACGUGUACUUUUAAUUAUAUAAUUAGAACCAUUUAGCUUUUCAAGACUGAUCAAAGUGUAUUUGUAUUUCCUGUAUGUAUAGUAGAAUAAUGAAUAAUGAAAUCAUUUCUGAAAAAAUAACUCAAUU